CCCAUUCCAUCCAUCAUCAUUCGACGACCUGGAGCCGAAGCGUCACAACGACGCUCUUUAUCCGCACGACUGUCCUCCUUAAUCGUUUCUUCGGAUGAUGUCUGCUUGACUAUAUAUAUAUGCUCUUCUCUACACACUCUCUUUAUUAUUUGCGGUACAUCCUCUCUGAGUUGAGCUUCGGGCGCAAAUCAGCCUAGAUUACCCGUGGUGGUUGGCCUCGCAAGGCACUUGGGCUACCAAUCUGUUGAGGGGCGACAUCUCGAUAACCGCCCACGAUGCGUGGAUUACAUAUUGGCCAGGCGCUGGCUGCCGUGCUUUCGUUAUCGGUGGGAGCCCUGGCCUCUGAGAACUUCACUUACAUCGACAUGAUGCGUGCGCGUAAUGCGUUGAUGGACGGCCGGGGUGAUUGUCCUCCAUGCUUCAAUUGUCUAUUGCCAGCUUUCACCUGUGGUCAAUUUGCCGAAUGCCAGCAAUAUGAUGGAAAGUGCAGCUGUCCUGCCGGGUUUGGCGGAGAGGACUGCAUGCAACCAGUAUGCGGAUCGUUGGCAGAUGGAAAAGAGCGACCAAUGCGACAAGGUGAUAAGUGCGACUGCAAGGAAGGCUGGGGCGGCAUAAACUGCAAUGUCUGCACUACGAACCAAGCAUGCAAUGCACUGAUGCCCGAGAAUACUGGCGGAGUAUGCUAUCAAAAUGGAGAGGUCGUCAAGGAGAAUUACCAGAUGUGCGAUGUUACAAACAAAAAGAUUCGGGAUCUUCUCAAUGAGAAGGUACCGCAGGUCACUUUUACGUGCGACGCAAGCGACAAGAAGUGCGAUUUCCAAUUCUGGGUUCAACAGAGGGAAUCAUUCUACUGCUCUCUCGGCGGCUGCAUUUCAGGCUCCGAUAACACCUACGAGCGCAACAGCACGAAUUAUAAAUGCGAAGACAUUCAAUGCAAAUGCAUUCCCGACAGAAUGUUGUGUGGAGAAAAUGGAUCCGUCGAUAUAUCGGACUUUCUCACGGAGGAAAUUAAGGGCCCUGCAACAUUUGAGUGUCUGCAACAAAGUGGAGGAACGAAUAAAUGCGCCUUCCAAGAGCCCGCUAUGAACGACUUGAUCCAGCAGAUGUUCGGCGACAAAAGCAUCACCCUUGAGUGUCGAUCGGGAGAGUGUCUAUAUGAAACAGAAGUCCCAGGAUAUGAGCGACCUAUCAAGAAAAUCAACACUCCAUUGAUCGCAGGGGUUAUUGGUAUGUCAUCGUUAUUCGUCGUGGCAGUUAUCCUGUUGGUCUGGUAUUUGGGACGCCGAAAGUUCGCGUAUAAGCCAGUUAGCCUGGACGAUUCAGACGAUGAGAAUCUCAAACUCAUGGCGGAUCAUAAGCCAGCGUCGCUUUAUUUUGAGAACGUUUCAUAUGCUCUCAAUGACAAAGUAAUCUUGGAUCGCAUUCAAGGUGUAGCCCGCCCAGGCCAGAUCAUGGCCAUCAUGGGUGCUUCGGGAGCGGGUAAGACUACAUUCCUCGAUAUCCUCGCCCGGAAAAACAAGCGUGGUUCUGUUGAAGGCAAUUUCUAUGUGAACGGAGAGAAGGUUAGCAAUUCGGACUACAAGAACGUUAUCGGCUUUGUCGACCAAGAGGAUACGAUGUUGCCGACUUUGACAGUUCACGAGACAAUCAUGACAAGCGCCUUGCUCCGGCUACCCCGCGACAUGGGCCAUGCGGCGAAAGAGCUCCGAGUAUACGAAGUAGAGAAGCAGCUUGGCAUUUCCCAUAUUAAGGACUCUCUGAUUGGAUCCGAAGAGGGGAACGGUCGCGGCAUCUCAGGUGGAGAGAAGCGCCGAGUUGGGAUCGCCUGCGAAUUGGUUACAAGCCCCAGCAUUUUGUUUCUGGAUGAGCCUACGAGUGGUCUUGACGCCUUUAAUGCUUUUAACGUUAUUGAAUGCCUUGUUACGCUGGCCAAGACAUACAACCGGACGGUGAUUUUCACUAUUCAUCAACCUAGGUCUAAUAUCGUAGCCCUGUUCGACCAACUGGUUCUAUUAGCAAAAGGAAAGACAGUCUACUCCGGAGAAUUUGCGCUCUGCCAGAACUACUUCGACAGCAUCGGAUAUUCGUGUCCACCGGGUUUCAACAUUGCCGACUAUUUGGUUGAUCUGACAAUGCAUGUGGAGAGUCCGGGCACACCCUCAGAAGAAGAUGAUAGCCAACCCAACAGCGAUGAUAGAAGCACAGGACCAAGCAGCACAAGAGCCGUCAAGUCAAUUGCUAGUGUCCGUGAAAGCCUCGACGAUGGCGAUAGCGCAGGCGAGUCGCUACUGCGGCCAAACCGUCACCGUAGGGAUUCUAUCAAGAAGAGGCAAGAACGCGGGUUGUUCACACGGAAAAAGACCACGGAAACGGUUCUAUUGACAAAUGUGCCGUCGACCGUACUGGAAGAUCACGACCUACCCCCUCUAUCUUCGGGCCAAAAUACUGCGUUGGACUUAUUGGUCUCCUCUUAUGCACACUCUAGCAUAGCUGGUGAGAUUCGCGAGGACAUCCGAACUACCGUCUCGAAUGCACAGGAAGCGAAUGGUCGGUCGAACGGCUUUUCUGAGGGUAGCGGCACGGCAUCUCCCAACGGCAACACGAUGGGCAGAGGCUACGCCCGCAUCGGAUACUGGAGGCAAUUCGCAAUCCUCUCUCAACGCACAUGGCGCAAUCUCUACCGGAACCCAAUGCUGAUGCUCACGCACUACGCUAUCGCGAUCCUUCUCGCCGUCCUCUCCGGCUUCCUCUUCUAUGGUCUUACAGAUGAUAUCCCCGGCUUCCAGAAUCGCCUCGGACUGUUCUUCUUCCUGUUGGCCCUCUUCGGCUUCAGCACCCUCACAUCUCUUACCGUAUUCGCCUCGGAGCGCCUCCUCUUCGUCCGUGAGCGCGCCAACGGAUACUAUUCCCCCAUCACGUACUUCCUCGCCAAAGUCGCCUUCGACAUCAUCCCUCUGCGCAUCAUUCCUCCAAUAAUCAUGGGCAGCAUCGUCUACCCCAUGACCGGGUUAUGGCCCGACAUGGCGCACUUCCUCCCCUUCCUCCUCAUCCUCGUGCUCUUCAACCUCGCCGCCGCCGCCAUCUGUCUCUUCAUCGGCAUCGUGUGCAAGGACCACGGCGUCGCGAACUUGAUCGGCAGUCUCGUCAUGUUGUUCAGCUUGCUCUUCGCAGGCCUGUUGCUCAAUCACGAUGCGAUUCCCAAGGCGGCGCUAUGGCUGCAGUCGCUGAGUAUCUUCCACUACGGCUUUGAAAGUUUGAUCGUCAACGAGGUGGCGAUGUUGACGCUGCGCGAUAUGAAGUUCGGGCUCAGCAUUGAGGUGCCCGGCGCGACUAUCUUGAGUAGUUUUGGAUUCGAUAAUAUGGCGCUUUGGUCGGAUGUGUCGAAGUUGGGCGCGUUUGCGGCGGUCUUUGUGGUGCUGGCUUAUGUGGCUAUGCAUGUUUUGCUUGUGGAGAAGAGGUAGAUAGGAUAGGAGAGUUUGUAUGUAAGUGGCUGGGUGGGAGAGCAUGGGCGGCGUUCGGCGGCUGUUUGGAAUAGUUACUGUCGUACAGAAUAUACAUCAUUUGUUCCAGG